AAAAUAAAAGUUGCCUCCCCCUAUUCUGCCCCUCCCUUACUUGGUGGAUCACAUCCUGUUGGGCGAUGUUUCAAUGAACAAAUAUAGUAGAGAGAUUUUCAAUGAUACCUGCGUGUUAGAGGAUUAUUGGAAAAAGAAAUCUAUAUAAUGAGACGAAAGGGAGUUGGCUCAACUUGGUACUGAUAAGCAGACUUCGCUUGACCAAAGAGGUUCCGUUUGUUAGUCAAGCACUCGUGCUUUUUUUUUCUUUAAGGAAUUCUAAAUCUUAAAGACUUAAUGUGUGAGAAAUAUAUUGAUGUGAUUUCUCGUGAUUAGUUCUGUUUUAUGUGGAAUUAAAGAGAAUGGAUGUUACGAAGAUCAGACUGAGCAGGGACUAAAGACUAAGGGGAUGUGUCAACCACCCCCAAUAAUUUAUGCAGUGAUCAAGGGUGAUCUGCCAAAGGUGAAGUCCUUGAUAGCUCAAGGUCAUUCAGUGAACGUAACAGACGAGAAAGGGGCCACAGCUCUGCACUGGUCCUGCAGUAAAGACGAUGAGAGACUCUGUGACUAUCUUUUGGAAGUUGGAUGCAAUGUGAAGGCAAAAAUACAAAAUGGAAGCACGGCACUGCAUGUUGCAGCCGAUCAUGGCUGUAUUGGAUGUGCCAGGGUCUUGAUCAAAAGAGGUGCAGAGCUGGACACCCCCAAUGACCGAUGUGAUACACCUCUACAUGCAGCGGCGCACAGAGGGCAUCUAGACAUUAUUAAGUUGCUGGUUCAAGCAGGGGCCAAUCCUAUGGUCUCAAACAAACAUGGAAUGACCCCUCUGGCAGAGGCUUCUGCUAAAAGUUUUGACACUUGUGUACAGUUUCUUCUACCUUAUACAAAUAAUUUAUUGUCUUCAGAAGAAAAAGAAAGCCAAAAAUACAAGAACAGACAAAAUGAAGAACAAACAUCAAGUUUCAAUAUUCAACCAGAAAGUACUUAUUAUAAACCAGUAAACAAUGUGAUAGACAAUUCUCCAUUAAACAAAAAAAAUGUCACCAAUAGUUCUGGAUAUUUAAGUGAAAAACUUAGCAAACAUGACCUACCUUCUUGUCCUAGCAGUGUAUUGUCUAUAGAUUCUGAUUAUUCAUCCUAUACAUCUGAUAGAGAUGUGACACCUUUCAACGAGAUGACUAUGCCAUCAGUUGGUUACAUCUCUACUUUUGACUCCCUGCUCAACAAAGCUGUAGUAGUAGCCUCUCAGGUUGGAAGCCCUGUCAGAAGCUCUAUGGUUGAAAGACAUUCAGAGAGAUUGGGACAUACAUUGCCAGAAAGUGCAGUCCCUCCUGAACUGCCCCCAAGGCCAUCCUGGCUUUGCAAGCCUGAACUUGUACCCAGGAUAUCAUCAUGUAGGAAUGUGCUGUCUUACACUACUGGCAGAGAGAACAACACUAAGACAUUGGUAGGACUGGAGGUGCAUCAGUUCAUUGAACAGUUGCAAGAGAGAAUGCUGGCCAUGCAAGAACAACUUGCCAGAUAUGAAACCAGCAAUAAUCAUCUUAGAACUCAAGUGGAACACUUAACAGAAGAGAACAAAUCGCUUAAAACUGAGAACGAACAACUCAAAAGGCAGCAGUUCAUGGCACAGCCAACCCAAUGCAAUCCUCACUACCAAUGUUUUUCAGACAUUGAUGAAGGGAUGCACUCUGGAUCCUAUUGGAUGACUCAAACUCAUGAUAAACUCAAUCGUUUAAAUUCUAUAGAAUACAACUCAAUAUAUGGUAGUCUAGGAAGUCGUGAGCCAGUAGAGAGCAAUGAAUUAGCUUAGUUAACCACUACUAAUUUGUUCUGCUGCACUUACUUAAUGUUCUUUAACAAAGAAAUAGUGUUGAAAACAAGAAAAUACUCAGCAUUUACAUGGUAUACUUCUGCUAGAGUGAAUGCUCAAUGCAACAAGAGUAUGAAUGAUUUAUGGUUAAGAACUAGUUUUGUUAUUUAUUAGUUAAAUAUACAAAAAGAAAAAAACACAAUUAUUUAUAAGUAAAAGGAAUGUUACAAUUCCUAUCACAGUGCUGACAGAAAAAAAAACAAAAACAAUUUCAUAAAUAGAAACACCAUGUGCUUCUAGUGCAAUCUUUGUUUAUAUAAGAAAACCUUGAGUAGAGUUUCUCAGUAUUAUUUAGUUCAUGUAUACAAUAGAGUUCUUCUGGUUUAGAAUUAUUCUUGCACAUUUUACUACAUUACGGGUAAUAUUGUGUGACUGUCAUCCUUGAAAUCUAUUCCAUACUAUACCUGUGAUUAGAUUGUAUACAUCAUCAUUCAAUUAAGCAUUAAUUGUGACUUUCUAAAAGAAUUUAUUGUGUGUUGCCAUUGUAAAAUAAAUUAUAGUAAUGUUAAUUACUUGCAAUACAAAUUUACUGAGCUCACUUUUCAAGUUUCAUACAUACAUAUAUACUUUUUCUUUUCAGUGGUUCAUCCUAUAUUUUGUUUUUCAUCCUAUAUUGUGUGCAAUGUUUUAGGGCUACAAAAAUGCUGUGACUACUACACUCUAAUUAACAAAUGACUAGAUCAUCAACAUAUUCAAAGCUAUUUGGUUAUAAUACAAUUUAACCUUAUUUCCAAAAAAAGAAACAAAAAUUGAAGAUAAAUUGUUGGAUUUAUUGCAGGAAUUAUUGCUCCAGUUUUAGCUGAAUUUUAUGAGAAUGUAAAAAAAUAAGUAUUCCCUUUUUAAGAGAAUAAAAGAUAAAAGUAUGUGAA